GACAUUUCUUUCGAUCGCCAAUGGAGGAGAUCAUGACUCACCCCCAUCUCCACGCAUUAGCGUCGACGACGCUUGCAAUCGUCGCCGUCAUGGUGAUGGUGCUGCCAUCGACGACAGCCGGCGGCGGGCUCUGCCGUGAGAGCUGCGGCGACAUCCCGGUGCGCUACCCGCUGGGCAUCGACGACGGGUGCGGCAGCCCGUACUACCGCAACAUGCUGGCCUGCGCGGACAACGCGACGCUCCGCCUGCGCACGCCGUCGGGCACGUACCCGGUGGGCGGCGCGGACUACUCGGACCCGCACCUGGUGGUGACGGACCCGUCCAUGUGGACGUGCGCGCGGCCCUUCACCUCGGUGCACGCGGCGCCCUUCAGCCUGGACACGAGCACGCGCUUCUCGCUGUCCCCGAGGAACGAGUACCUCUUCUUCGACUGCGACGAGGCGCGCGUGAUCGUGGCGCCCCGGCCGGCCAGCUGCGACCGGUACCCGGGGCGCUGCGACUCGGCGUGCGACAGCGCGGGGUACCUGUGCCGGAACCUGCCGGGCUGCGCGCUGGAGGAGGGCAGUAACCAGAGCUGCUGCGCGUACCGGCCGCGCGCCGCCGAGUCGCUGCGCGCCAUGCUGCGGCACUGCGGGGCGUACACCAGCGUGUACUGGCGCGCCGCCGGGGACAGGUCGUUCCCGCCCUACGACCAGGUGCCGGCGUACGGGGUGCGCGUGGACUUCGAGGUCCCCGUCACCACGCGGUGCCUGCAGUGCCAGGACAAGCGCCGCGGCGACGGCGGGACGUGCGGCUUCGACCCGGCCACCAGGGACUUCGUCUGCAUCUGCGGCGACGGGCGCAACUCCACCACGGACUGCGCAGAUGGCCACAGCUCAGGACAUCAUGGAUCAGCAGGAGUCGUCGCUGCAAGCGCUGUCGCCUCGGUCUCUGCAGCCAUAGGCAUUUGGGGGCUCGUGUGGUACAUACGCAAGAUCAAACCGAGCAAAGUGGUGACAUGUGGGGUUCAGAGUAACGAGAACAGGUUCUUCUGACCUCAGUUUUCAGUAAAAAAAAAAACAAAAACAAAAACUCCCACGAAGGAGAGGCGGUGAAAGAAGGCAUCCUUGUCAUAAACCAAACAGGGGAGGGAAAUUUUCCUUCUGCUAGAUUUUGCUGGAGCUGCUAGCCAAACUAUGUUAUAUGCACCCAAUGCUGCGCUGUGAUGAUACUCUGUUAUGUAUUUCUUUUGAAAGAACGUGUUUUGCCUUCUGUUAGAAUGAGGAGUAAAUUACACGAGUGUUCUUCGAACUGUUUUGACGUUC